GCGAAAGUAGUUACAUCACGUAGCCGGCACACCACUUCCUCCAUACUGUACGUGAUAUCUGAGGACUAAUAAAACAUCUCCGCAUAAUCUCUUUAUUACUACUUUAAACAGCGAAACACUCCUUAAACAGUCAAGAUGUCUGCAUAUGAUGAGAAUGAGUCGAAGUUCAUGCGAAAAGCAAAGGAGAAUCCAUUUGUCCCAGUGGGCAUGGCUGGAUUCUUUGCGAUUGUGGGGUACAGACUGAUGAAAAUGAAGAGCCGGGGAGACACAAAGAUGUCAGUUCACCUGAUCCACAUGCGUGUAGCUGCCCAAGGCUUUGUAGUGGGAGCCAUGACUGUUGGGGUCCUGUAUUCAAUGUACAAAGAGUACAUUGUAAAACCCAGAGAAGAACAGAAGGCACUGGAAAAAAAGUGAACAUGGACUCUUACACUGACGGCUUAUGUCCCUUAAUAUUACCUCAUAUUAAGGUGUGUAGAAAGUUUAUUUUUGCAGAUGUGUCAUAAUUUUUGUAUGCACGCAUCCCUUCAGCAGCUCACUUCCACUGUAAAUAGGCAUAAUUUAUUGAUUACACUUCCUAUCCUCCAAGUGAUAUACAACAUGAUACUUCUGUAAUGAGAAGUAAUUGCUUGUUUUAACACUGGUUACACCCUUUGUGUUUGCAGUUGUAAAUCCAGUUGAUUUGACAUGUGGACAGGUGACAUGACUGAUAGUUUGUUGCCUCUUAUUUGAAAGGCGUGUAAGUGAAAUGUGGAAAACUAGAAUAUCUAGCAAAUAAUUUGAAAACGGUGUGACUAGGCCAAGCCUAGAUUUAAAAAAAUAACUACCAAUAGCAGUUGAACUGAUGCUUUUUUUGUCACUGUUUAUUCUAUUUUCUCACACUAGCUAUAUUAUUUUAUGUAAUAAUGUAAGGAGUUUUGCCAAAUGGGAAGUGCUUGCACCAUAGCCCACUUUUUUAAUGGGCACCCCAGUGCAUUAGGGGUUACUGGAGGCUUUGGUGACCUGUGGUUUACUGACGAGGCCUGUGCUUUCACAGCAUUUAAACAAGGACACCAGUGGCUUGUGACUCACCACAUGAUCAAACACAACAAAUGCAAUCAUGGAAAUUGAUUAAAUAAACUCAUAAAUGUCUCUGGUAGAAAUAAAACUGUGUGAUUUAAUUCAAUAGCUUUUACACAAAUUGACUGUAAUGGCCAAGUCUUGUUUCAUAUUUUUAUCAUUAUAUUGUGAUAAAGAAGGGUCCAAGUUUCAUUACAUAAUUUCACAAAGUCUUCAUGAGACAUGUGAGCUAAACAAACUGAGGUUCACCACAGACUGUGCAGUAAACAACAAAAAAUCACUAUAUAGUCUACCUUGUGAUAUUCUGAAAUAGAUGCCUUGUUAAGUUAUUCACAAAAUUGAGUUUUUAUUGUUGUGUUCAAAUAUAGAACAUGUUGAAUUUGAAAGGAACCUUUUUUUGUGGAAAUAAAAAAAAGACUUGUCAAUCUGAA